CAGUAACUUAAAUAACCACUCUUUACAACCGUGGUGAGUAGAAAAACAUUUCAGAAAGGACAACACAUUAAACCUUGAGGCUAAUGGGCUAAAUCAGCAGAAGAGCACAUCGGGUUUCACUCCUGUCAGCCAAAAACAGGAAUCUGAGGCUACAGUGGGCACAGGAUCACUGAAACUGGACAGCUGAAGACUGAAAAAAAACGUCAUCUGGUCUGAUACAUCUCGAUUUGUGCUGCAACAUGCAGAUGGUAGGGUCCGAAUUUGGCAUCAACUGCAUGAAUCCAUCAUGUCGUGUGUAAACAAUUCAGGCUGGUGGUGGUGGUGUAAUGUUGUGGGAUGUGGGGAAGGUUUUCAUGUCUCACAUUGGGUCCCUUCCUCAUUUGCAUGCCACAGCCUAUCCGAGUAUUGUCACCAGGUCUGCAGCAAUUACUGUAUAUGAUACGAUCACACCAAUAUGGACCAGGAUAUCAAAGGAAUGUUUCCAACACCAUGUCUCAUCCAUGCCAGGAAGAAUUUGAGGCUGUUCUGAGAGCAAAAAGAAGUCCUACCCAGUAUUACUAUGGUGUCCUUGACUGGUAAAAUGGCUGGUGAGUGUGCACCUGAUUCAACUUUUCAAUUCCGUUCACUUUUAUCUGCAAAGUGCUUUUUUUGUUUUUGUUUUUAAUCGACGUUGUCACAAAGCAAAUGUUCAGAAAUGUGGAUUUAGAUCCCAUUUUAUGACGCUGAAUAAUUGUGGCCCAAGUAUUCAAUUGUAAUUUAUGAAUUCAAAGCAGAUAUGAAACGUUUUGUUUGUUUGUUUAAUUUUUUUUUUUUUUUGCACUGAAUCCAUCUCCUGUUUACGUAGAAGCACUGCUAAGCUUCCACAGAAUAGCGGCGACUACUGAGAGUUAGAUGAAACUGGGGGGUGGGGUGGAUCACAGCCCUUCUCACAGCUCUCUAUAAAUACUUUGUGCAUUGAGAGUUAUGAUCUUUUCAGUAUUUGCUUAAAGCAUAAAAAAAAAAGUUCUCUGAUUGGCCACUGGACUCUGACUUAAUUGAAACCUUCUGUAUGGCAUAUGGAAUUCUGGGACUUUGGCAUGUACCCAAGAAUCCUCAGAAUGUUAGUUUCUCUCUCUCUCUCUCUCUCUCUCUCUCUCUCUCUCUCUCUUUUUCUUUCUCUCUCUCCAGAGCUGUCUUACAUCAGCUCAGUGUGCCUGGAUAUGAGGUCUAAGUGAGUAUAGAGAGAAAGGAACAGCCUGGAUUUUACUUUGGUUUUCUUUCUCACUAGUUGGAAUUAACAUCACACUGGACAAAUGGUUUAAGAGAAGCAGGAUUCAAACAGAAUGAAGGCCAGGUCUCGAUUUGAAAUGAACCACCUUUGGAAGAUCAUCUUUCCCCUAUCGCUUCUUCUGUACCUCUCAGGGAAUGUAAAGUCCCAAGUAAAUCCAAGUGUGUGUCGAUCCCCUCUAGGGAUGUCUGGAAGACAGAUCUUAGACGAAGACAUUUCAGCUUCAAGUCAGUGGUCUGAAUCAACAGCAGCAAAAUAUGGCAGACUGGACUCAGAGGAAGGGGAUGGUGCGUGGUGUCCAGAGAGCAUGAUUGAUCCAGAGAACAUGAAUGAGUUUUUGCAGAUUGACCUUCGCUCUCUGCACUUCAUCACCCUGGUGGGAACUCAGGGCCGACAUGCGGGGGGCAUCGGGAAUGAGUUUGCCCAGACCUACAAGAUCAAGUACAGCCGUGAUGGCAGCCGCUGGAUCUCCUGGCGCAACCAGCAAGGAAAGGAGGUAAUUGAGGGCAACAGGAAUGCCUAUGAUAUUGUGCUCAAGGACCUGGAGCCGCCCAUCAUUGCACGCUUUGUGCGCUUCAUGCCCGUCAUCGACCACUCCAUGAACGUGUGUAUGCGUGUAGAGCUCUAUGGCUGCGAGUGGCUAGAUGGUCUGGUGUCGUACAAUGCUCCGCUCGGCCAGGAGAUGAUCCUCAAUGAUCAGGAGGUUUACCUCAAUGACUCUGUGUAUGACGGUGCCAUAAUUUACAGUAUGACAGAAGGGUUGGGCCAGUUGACGGAUGGUAUGUGUGGUCUGGAUGAUUUUACUAUCAGUCAUGUGUGGCCUGGCUAUGACUAUGUGGGCUGGACCAACGAGAGCUUCCCCAAUGGAUAUGUAGAGAUCAUGUUUGAGUUUGACCGAACACGCAACUUCACCACUAUGAAGGUGCACUGCAACAACAUGUUCUCUCAGAGAGUGAAGGUCUUCCAGAAGGUGGUGUGUUAUUUCCGCUCGGACUUGGACUGGGAGCCGACACCCGUGUCUUUUAGUCCUGUGUUGGACGACGUCGACCCCAGCGCUCGAUUCGUUACGGUCUCGCUCCAAAACCACAUGGCUAGUGCCAUCAAGUGUCAGUAUUACUUUUCUGACAUGUGGAUGUUGUUCAGUGAGAUCACCUUUCAAUCAGAUACAGCAAUGUACAACACAACUUUGCCCCCCCCCAUGCCCAGUGCUCCACCCAACCCCCCACCAGGGGAUAACCCCGUUCACAAAGUAGACGACAGCAACACUCGAAUUCUGAUCGGCUGUUUGGUGGCCAUUAUCUUCAUCUUGGUGGCCAUCAUCAUCAUCAUACUCUGGAGACAGGUCUGGCAGAAGGUGUUGGAGAAGGUCUCUCGGAGGAUGCUUGACGAUGAGCUAACUGCCAGUCUGUCAAUCCAGAGUGAGGCCUUCAGCUGUAACAACAACCUGACCUCCUCAGCAGCCAGCGAGCCGGAGUCCAGCUCCACCUACGAGCGCAUCUUUCCGCUCGGAGCAGAUUACCAGGAGCCCUCACGCCUCGUCCGCAAGCUGCCCGACGUCUCCCAGGUCUCAGAGGACACUGCAUCCAAGUCCCCUCAGUCCAACACUCAAGAAGGAGUUCCCCAUUACGCCGAGGCUGACAUCGUCAAUCUGCAAGGAGUAACGGGAGGAAACACCUACGCAGUGCCAGCUGUCACUAUGGACCUUCUGUCAGGAAAGGACAUCCCUAUAGAAGAAUUUCCUCGAAAACUGUUCACGUUUAAGGAGAAGCUUGGAGAGGGCCAGUUCGGAGAGGUGCAUCUUUGUGAAGCAGAAGACAUGGAGGAGUUCAUGGCUAAAGACUUCUCAUUUGACGUCAGUGAGAAUCAAACAGUACUUGUGGCUGUAAAAAUGUUACGAGCUGAUGCAAAUAAAAAUGCCAGAAAUGACUUUUUGAAAGAGAUAAAAAUAAUGUCGCGGUUGAAAGAUCCCAACAUCAUCCGGCUGCUAGGGGUGUGCAUGAGCUCGGACCCCUUGUGCAUGAUCACUGAGUACAUGGAGAACGGGGACCUCAACCAGUUCCUGUCCCGUCAUGAAGCAGAGGGCAUGAUCGCCCUUCUCAGCAACGCACCAACAGUCAGUUAUAGUAACCUGCAGCACAUGGCCACCCAGAUCGCUUCAGGCAUGAAGUACCUCUCAUCACUGAACUUUGUGCACCGAGACCUCGCCACCCGAAACUGCCUGGUGGGCAAGAACUAUACCAUUAAGAUCGCUGACUUUGGCAUGAGCAGGAACCUGUACAGCGGAGAUUACUAUCGCAUCCAGGGCCGGGCUGUGCUACCCAUCCGCUGGAUGUCCUGGGAGAGCAUCCUCCUGGGUAAAUUUACUACCGCCAGUGAUGUUUGGGCGUUCGGUGUGACUCUCUGGGAGACGCUGACAUUCUGCAAGGAGCAACCGUACUCACAGCUCUCAGAUGAGCAGGUCAUUGAAAACACGGGCGAGUUCUUCCGGGACCAGAGGCGACAGAUCUACUUGCCGCAGCCGCCCAUGUGUCCCGACCCCGUCUACAAGCUCAUGUUGAGUUGCUGGCACAGGAACGCCAAAGAGAGGCCGUCUUUCCAGGAGAUCCAUCGAAUACUGCUGGAGAAUACGCCUUAAUGUCUGCACCUGUGCCAAAAGCAGCACUUCCAGAGACGCUUUAUUGUGCCAGCAGGACAGACAAACCACACACACACACACACACACACACACACACACACACAGUGGUUUAAAAGGGUACCCAGUUGAGUAAAGCCAACAUGGGAAUAUAUAUAUCGUCAUACAUAGACAUAGACGAUUAUGAGGCUAAAAUGUAGCAGUGAGUUCAGGCACUUUUGAUCAAGAAAAAUGAUUUGAUAUUUGUUUUUUUGUUUUAUUUUUACUUUUGUUUUGGCAUUUGUUCAUUCCUCACUCAAAAAAAAAAGCUCAAAACAAUAUAGUCAUUAAAUUGAAUACAUUUCAUUUCAAGUUAAUUUAGUGCAAUUAAAUAAAAGAAAAGAAGUAGAAAUGUAAUGACACAAGAACACGUUUAAUAUUUUUUUUUACUUCCAAUAUCUUAAAUCAGAAGACAGCUUGAAUGUAAAUAAGAAUUUCAGUUUCUUUUUUAAAAUAAGUCAGAUUUGUAAUUUUUUUUUGGUCAAAUUUAUGUUCAUAUCAGUCGUCAAGAGAGUAUCGCGAUGAUUAUACAAAACAGUUUAAAAGGCUCUUUCGUACACUUAAUAACCACUUUCAAAGAAGUGGGUAAAACCCAAGCAUGCGUGGACCUGUCAUUUUCAAAAUACCAAUGUUGAUAUGUUUUAGUUUUUAGAUUUGUCAUUUUUUUGCAAAUAUGUGAUUUUGCCGAAAGUUUUUGUGUGUUCAAUUAUGUGAAAACUAUUGUGUUCGUAUCUGUAUGUAUUACACUAUAGUUUUUAUUCUAUUUCACCUUUUGGAUGGCAUUUAAUGCUUCCAUGUGUGAAGUAAAAGUAGUUAUUCUUAUUAUUUUUUACAUUAAUUAGGAUGAUGAUCUGUUGUGUCAGAUGCCAAUUUAAGGCCAUUCAUUUCUCUUUGCUUUUUAAUGUUAUCAUUUCACCAUAUAUCUAUUCUUUUUUAUUUUAUUUUAUUUGAUAUGUUUUUAUAUUUUGUAUCUAGGUAUGUCAUGAUAACUAUGCAAACAAUUUUUUAGCAAAUAAUACCAAAUUAAUGUUAUAUAAGAAAAAAUAUAAGCUACGUUUCCCUUUUAUGUUAACUUGAACGUAUUAUAUAUUUGGUAUAAACAAUGUAUAAAUAAUAAGUGCUUGUAAAUAGCUGAAAUUUAAAAAGCUGUUUGGGUAAAUACUGGAUUCGUAAUGUAGAGAUUGCUUUGAUGGAGUUGCUAUGGAUACGGGAAGUGAUGUGGGAUGCUAAAAGCGCUGCACAUGCAAAGAUCAGUUUGUAUACUGUAUUAAACAGUGAUGUUGCUUCUCAUCUAGAUUUAGAUGUAAUUAAUAUAAAGGAUGAUCUAAAAUGUAAUGUUUGUGUUUAUUGCUCCGUGUAUGACAUGGGUUGUGUUGUAGGUUGGUUUUAGAUGGCCUUCGGUCUGGUCAGUUGGAUUUUUGGUGUAAUUGUCAGUGAAAGGUUUGACGUAGAGGUUCACACAUAACAGUAACCAGUUUUCUCUACUUAUAUGAUAAACAUCCUGUUUGUUAUUUAACUGUGCCCCAGCUACUGUUGGGCUAGUGUUAGUGUCUUGACUCUUUGUGUCCAUGUAUGUCUAAUGUUAUGAUUGAUUAUUGCUUUAUUAUUUUAUUAUAUCAAAUAUAUUUUCACCAACUCCUGCUUUCUCCAAAUGGAAAAAUAAAAUUAACACAGCAUAUGA